AGUCACGAUUUCUAGAUAAUAAUUUUAUUACUUACUACUAUUACCACUAUAAAAGCUUCAUGAAGAGACGCAUAUUUUAAAGUCGUGUAUGUACUAUUUGUUUGCGAAAAAACCGAACUAAGAAUCUAAGGAGUGACCCUUAUUUUGUGGUUUAAGAUGGAGGCUACAACAUUUAUUUCGCCUUUAACAAACAAUCAAUUUUUUUCUGUGUGUCACUACAUUACAACGUUGGGAAUUAUUUUGAAUAACAAUAACCUGCUUUCAACUCCAGCGGAAAAUGAUACCGUACCCGUGCUAAAUGCCUUCUUUGAAUAUCUAAACAAGUCAAAUAAUGAGUCAGUUGCAAAAAUCCAUCUUUUUAAAGAAAUGCGAAGUAAAAUUAAUGUUUCUGAUUACGAAGAGCUAAAAAACUUUGAGAAUGUUAACAAAUUAUAUCAGUACAUUAUUAAUAUGGGUCUAUUUGCCCAUUAUGGAAAUAUUGCAGAUUAUGUAAGUAAUAUUUACCAGGAUAAUAACGACAAAAGCUUUUCCAAUCAGCAAGAAAUUUUGUUUCACGAUUUCUCAAACAAUCUCACUAUUAAGAAUAUUUGCUCGUUGAGAAAGGAAUCCAAAAAUCUUAAUUCUUUUGCAAUUAAAAGAAUCUUUGUAGAGUAUGUUUUACCUGUUUUUACUGAAAUAUGGAAAGAAAGGAAAAAUUUAAGUGUGCAAAGAAACGAUUUGAAAAUAGUAAAACGGUUUAAAAGACAAGAAUCAUCGCCAGAAGACAGUGAUAUUGAUGUUGUAGGAUUGGAUGAAGACCCACCUAAAGUAGAGGAUCCAAUAAGAAAUUUUCGUCUUGAAUUUUUAUUAAAACUAAAAGUUAAUGGUUUAACAAUUUUAAAUCAAGAGAAAAAUUUAUUCUGCAAUAUAGUAACAAGCAUCGCUAUUGAGCAAGUACGUGAUGGUUUAAAUUAUCCACUUGAACUCUGGCUUCUAGAAAUUACAACUAACGUAACUAAUGUCAAUCAUUUAAUUAAUUUGAAAGGAUCAUCAUUUUUCGUUAACGACUUUAUGUUGGUAACAACGAAUCCAUCUGGUCAAGUGCCACCAAAAAUAUGGAAACCAUAUACACAGUCGGAUGAAACAAACGUACUUUAUCACAUAGUAAGUGAAUCACUACACGGUUUUGUCGCUUUGCAUGAAUUCAAUAUUCAUAAUCUAUACAUACUAUUGCCACAAGUUGAAUUUACAGUUACGGAUGCGAGAUAUCAGGAAAUUGAAAACAAAUUGGUUUUAAUUGUCGAUUUGAAAAGAAAUGAUUUAUCUUCUGAUAGAUGGAAUACUAUUAUUAAUAAUAUAAAACACAGAAAACUUUCUAAUACAAGAAAUUCGAGAAGGAUGAAUGCUAUUCAAAGAGCUGCAGAAUUGAUCUCGUCAAAGGUUCCAAUGAAAACGUUUACUGAAGCUGUGAAUAUGUUAAAGAGUUACAUUUUAAAUGUAGAUGCUAUUAAUUUUUAUUCAUUGACAUAUAAUCAUUUGGCUCAAAAUUAUAUGCAGCACAUGAGGAUUAUGGACUUUUAUUCACCUUGGAAAAUUAAUAAUAGCAAAUACAUAAAUGAUGUUCUAUAUAAAUCAAAAUUUUAUUUUCAACAUAACAAUGAUCAAUAUUACUGGAAAUUGAAGACACUAUUUAAUUCAAAAUCGAGUUCCAUUUUUGAUUACUAUUAUAAUACAUACAAAACAAAUUUAAAUUAUUUACAAAACAAACUUCGAUUUGAAGAUUUUUAUAGAAUUAGUUAUUUCUUAAACAAAACACAAGUUGGACGUCUGGUAUCUGAUUUACGAGUUGCACUUUUGAGAGUGGCUCUUAGACAAUGUGAUGAGGAAUUGAAUGAAGAGCCAAUUGUACUUUAUCAGGCUUUUUAUGUGACCGAUUCUUCUAAGAACAUAUACCAUUAUACAGGAAUGUCUGUGACUUUAAGAUUAAGAGAACCAUGCAGUAGAAAUCGAAAUCUUCUGCUAUCAAACGUCUUAAAUGAUACUAGUAGCACAGGAAUAGUAAUAUUUUACAAAAUACACCUGAAAAAUCGUCGUGGAGUGGCAGACAUUUAUCAAUUUAGCAGAAGUGAAAUCAAAUCACAUUUUUUAUCUAUUGAUGAAAAAUAUGAACGAAUUGAAAAAGUUAAAGAAACCAUUAGGAAUCAGAAAGUAAUUUUCAUGACGGUUAAACCCAUCGAAGAAAAGACAAAAGAAGAAAAAAUAAUCGACAUUGUAAAAGAGCUGAAUGAUAUUUAUGUAAAUGGACAGAAAUAUUAUAUUGAGGAUUAAUAAAAAGCAAUUAAAUACAAUUUUCUUCAUGUUUUUCUAAUAUCCGAUUGUAUUUGCAUUAAAUUUGGCUAUUAAAAAAGAAAUUGCCUGAAAUCGACUCUGACGUCACAACUGAAAAGCCUAAUUCAACCAAAAAACAGUUCAUCUCUCGCCUCGUCGGGCUGACCAACCUUGAAAAUGCAAACGCCCCAUUACUCGAGUUAUAAAAAAGGGACUACAUAGUUUAUGAACAACCCCUUACUUUCUCUCGAGUUUCAAAACCCAUCCCUGCAAUUUCCCCCAAUAAAAUUACCAGAUUUAUGAACUUGUUGCUAUCCAACCUUGGCGCAAUAACUCGAACAGACGCCGCGAGGUCUAGACUUCUGCGUGAAAUACACCAAUCGGACAAUUUGAUUUACUUAUCAGUUGUGUUUCUGUCGUUGUGCGAGAAGGUUAAGUGUUUUUCAUCAUUUCAAAAAGUGGCGUCCCGUGACGGAGAGGGAAGUAGCUGAGAAACUAAUGAUUGACUGCGUCUUAAUGAGACACUGAAAAAUUGAACGUUUAAUGGAGACAUCUCCCUCGUCGUAAUAUGGGAAUCCAUAUUUCACGCUAAAACCUACAAUCCAGUGUUUAUCAUAAUUGUCACAUUUCUUCAUUCGGCAUCAGCAAGUCAUGAAAAUGAGGCCGAAGUACACGACGACCUGGACGGUAGAGUAAAUAAAAAUAUCAAGAAAAGAAAAAUUUUCUACAAUCAUUUUUAACAAGAGAUUUGAAUAAUUUUCGCAUUUAUCAAAAUGGAUAUAACAGUAUUAAUGAAUUUGACAAUUCUUCAAAAGACAUUAAAGGUAAAAUUAUUAUUUCUCAAGAAAGAAUGACGCAAACUAAACAAGAGAAAUGAUUAAUUGUUUAAAUUGUUACAAGAGUGACACAAUGCAUUAUAAUUGGAUUACUUAGCGGAAAAGUCACUCUCUGAAAAGUCAACUUUAUAAUAACUGUAUAUUAUUAUUACUAUUAUUAUUAUUAUUAAUUACUAUUAGUAUUACAAAAGAAAAUAUAACGAACAUAGCGUCUGUAUCUAGAGAUUAUAAAGAAGACAAAAAGAAAAAUACAACGAUAAAAAGAACCUUCUUUCCAAAAUAGAAAAAUUCUCCAAAAAAAAAUCUUCUGAAAAUAGAAUAAUUAUCGAAAAAGUU